AUGCACAUAACAGUGCUGGACUCGACGCUGAGGUUGCUUCUUGUUUUCAGGUCAACGUCGGAAUCAACGGGUCGUAUUGGCCGUAUCGUCUUUCGUAACGCCCUCGAAGUCGGCGGCGUCGACGUUGUCGCCAUCAAUGACCCGUUCAUUGAUCUCGAUUAUAUGGUCUACAUGUUCAAGUACGAUUCCGUACACGGACGAUUCAAGGGCUCUGUUGAGGCCAAGGACGGAAAACUCGUCGUCGAGGGCAAAGCCAUCCACAUCUUCGCGGAGAAGGAUCCUGCCAACAUCCCCUGGGGCUCUGUCAGCGCCGAUUAUGUUGUCGAAUCCACUGGUGUCUUCACCACCACGGAGAAGGCAUCAGCUCACUUGAAGGGCGGCGCUAAGAAGGUCGUCAUCUCUGCACCCUCCGCAGAUGCCCCCAUGUUUGUCUGCGGUGUUAACCUCGAGACUUACGACCCGAAGUACAAAGUUAUCUCCAACGCUUCCUGCACGACUAACUGCCUCGCGCCCCUCGCGAAGGUUAUCCACGACAAGUUCGGUAUCGUUGAGGGCUUGAUGAGCACAAUCCACGCCACAACAGCUACCCAAAAGACCGUCGAUGGCCCAUCACACAAGGACUGGCGUGGAGGUCGCAGUGUCAACAACAACAUCAUUCCCUCCUCUACUGGUGCCGCCAAGGCCGUCGGCAAGGUCAUCCCUUCAUUGAAUGGAAAGCUCACUGGCUUGGCCUUCCGUGUCCCCACUCUUGAUGUCUCCGUUGUUGAUCUCGUUGUCCGCCUCGAGAAGCCCGCUGACUACAAAGAUAUCGUCGCCGCUGUCAAGGAAGCCUCCGAGACGACCCACAAGGGCAUUCUCGGCUUCACUUCCGACUCUGUUGUGUCCACAGAUUUCAUCGGCAGUACCGAUUCCUCCAUCUUCGACGCCACCGCAGGCAUCCAAUUGAACCCCAACUUUGUCAAGCUGAUCGCUUGGUACGAUAACGAAUACGGCUACUCAAGACGUGUUGUCGACCUCUUGAAAUACGUUGCCGAGAAGGAUGGUGCGCAGUAG